AAUGACAAUACGUUCGAAAUGGAUAAUAUACAGUAGUUAAUAUUGCAUCUAUCUGCAUAUACUGGUUAUAUCGUCACACUCAGAGGAACAAAUUUGUUUUCAAACUGAUGUGUUAGACCAAGUAUAAAGGCUGAAUAAACAACGCACACACUGUGGAAGGCACUUGCUUCAUUCGUAAACACUUUUUAAAUUUGCCAUCGAUGUAAAUUGAACGAAAUCAUGAAAAAGGACAAAACUACACAAGGAACAAAAUAAACACAUUCGCAAAGAGAGAAUAAUUUUUCUUCAAAUAUUGUUCAUGGAAACAAUAACAAGUUAAACAUGGCAAUAAUUAGCAUACAGUAAAAUAAAAAUAAAAUCGCCACAAACGUACGUUUGCAGUCGGAGACAUGUAAAAAGUAAAGGCAUGAACGCAUACUUAGCACAAUGAAUACUCCCCUGGGUUUUCUUCAGCAGCAACAACAACAGCAGCGGUACAACUACAGCCUCCAGCAGUUGCGCUUCCUUCAUCCGCUAGCGGCCUACUCGCACCUUCUGGACCCGCUCACAUUGGCACAGCUCUCACUGAACAAGAGCUCCCAGCAUUUCUCGAGCGGCUACCUGACCGGAUGUAAUUCGUUGAUAGGUAACCUAAGCAAUGGGGAGCUCUCAUCCGCCGUCAAUGCCUUUUGCGUACCUCACAGGAUCGGAGCGACGGAUGUGACGCCCGAGAGCGACCGCGGCAACGAGAGGACGCGCUCAACAGAACCAGAUUACUAUGACGACGACGCAGACGACAAACUCGGCAAGCGGCGCCGAACGCGCACGAACUUCACGAGCUGGCAGCUCGAGGAACUCGAGCGUUCAUUCCAGACCAGCCACUACCCGGAUGUGUUUAUGAGGGAGGCCAUAGCCAUGCGUCUAGACCUCAUUGAGUCCAGGGUGCAGGUAUGGUUCCAAAACCGACGCGCUAAAUGGAGGAAACAUGAGCACACGAAAAAAGGUCCCGGUCGUCCGGCGCACAAUGCGCACCCACAGACUUGUAGCGGGGAACCAAUUAGCGAGGACGAAAUAAAACGCCGGGAACAAGAGAAACUGGAAAAGAAAAGAAAGAAGCAAGAAGAAAGGCUUAAAAGACUAGAUGAGAAAAAGAGAUUGUUAAGUACGUUAAGUAGUGUGUCACAGUCAUCUUGCUCAAGUUGCCAUGGCGAUUCGUUCAAAGAAUCCGAUGUAGGUAAUCGAGAAACCAAUGACUCUAAUGACAUUUCUGAUGAAAGUUCCGACGCGGUCAAUACAAUUGUUGACAAAGCUAAAGAUACUGUUACAAACGCCACUGAAGUGAUAGCAAAGGAGCUAACGGACCAAUCAAAUGUUAAAAGUUUGGACAGUGAAGCGACAAUCAGUAAGAAUAACGUCCACGAACUGGGCACCGUUAAGGAUAUUUUAAAGAAAAAUCCUUUUAGUAUAGAAAGUCUUUUGAAUCGAACAAUGGCUAGCAAUACUAGGAACUCCUCUCAAAAUUGUGUCGAAGGUAUCAGAAAUAACGAGGUUUGAUUAAUUAUUUUACAACGAGCUGUAUAUAAGUAUUUUGUUAACGUAAGUGAAACCAAAACUAAAAGUUAAUCAAAGUACUGACAGUACUGGUGUGACGAUGCUUUUGAAGAGGAUGGAUAUAAAAGCAUCAAUUUAAGUUUAUCUACACCACAAUGGGUACGAAAAUUUUGGGAACAAAAAUUAUGCCAAACAAAAAUGGGUACGAACAAAAAAUUUGGUUACGAAAAAAAUUGGGUACGAAAAAAAUUGGGUACAAAAAGAUGUGGGCACCAAAACGAAUUUGGGUACAAAAAACAAAUUGGGUACGAAAAAAAUUUGGUAUGAAUUUGUUGCUUUUUUUGGGGGGGGAGGGGGGGGGGUACGGGGAAGUAGUGCCCGUGUGGAACUUGACCCAUUCAGCGAAACUGGUAGGCGGGUUACAUUCUCGAUCAAAUAUAACAAGAAAUAUCUUUAAAAAGAUUUUCGACGUGUAUUAUCUGUACCACUUAUCUUAAAAAACGUUAUGUUAAAGUAAAAUGCUUGUGGGUUAUGACAUUACGUUAUGUAGCAGAUAUAUUCAAAACUUGACAUGCUCUUUAAUUACACCAUGCUCUUUAAUUUCACAUGUAUAUCAUACCAAACUUUAUAUUUCGUUGUUUCCUUUGCUAAGUUAAUGAUGUUAUGUGUACGGACGUGAUUUCGCAUGAACAUAUAUUUGUUCUCUUUUGAUUAUUGUUUUUUUCUCUUAUUCAAUAAGCUUAGGCAUGUUUGUUCGUUUAAUACGGCAAUAAUUUCAUGAUGAUUGCCGAAAGUAGGUAUGAACACAUAGUCGAAUACGACUUGAAUACGUGAGUUCGCCCAUGAACACAUGGUAAGGUUAACUAAAUCUCCGCGAUAUGACGUAAUAUGUGUUUAAAACAGAAAACAAUAUCCAACAAAUGAAUAAAUUAUCAAACAUAGUGUGUGCACUGAUGUAGCUCUUUAAUUUUGGUUUGAAAAGUUUAUUAAAUAUGAAAAUGAGAGAGCACGCAUAAGAGCGAGUUUCACAUAUGUUGCACGGCUAUUAUGCUGUUUAUAUACCAUACUCGCUUUAACGUUUACAAAUGUCAGGUUCGAAAUAAUUCGUUUUCUUUACACUCAUGAUCGCGUUAAACGUUUAUUAUACACGUUUUCAUUCGCAAUUUAUUUACAGAAUCAUGACAAAUGUCAAAUACAAUACAGAAAAUGCAUAGUUGUUUCAUUGAUCUAUAAACAUAUAAUGAAUUGAAUAUAACUGAUUUAAAACUAACGUUUUCAAACUAUUAUUGAAUCUUUUUCCCAGAAUAUGCUGUUCUGAGCUGAGCUUCCUUUACUGUUAUCAAUGAUAAUCAGCGAGGUAUGCCGAUUAGAAAAAUCAAUCGGACUGGCUCGGUCUUUUACAUAGGUCGCCAUUGUGAAGAAUUUGUUCAUGGUAUGAUAACUUAGACGAGCUGCUUCGCAGCAUUGUCAAAAAGGACAUAUUUUAAUGUUGUAAUAAUUGAUUAGUUUGAAAUUAAAACAAUGUUUAAGAGACCAAUCGUUUCUUUUUUCUCUAUAUAACAGAAAUACUUAAAUUGUAAAUAAUAAAUAAAUAAAGUGCAUAUAAAUAUAUCAUGACUUUAUAUAUUUAAAAAAAAGUGGCAGGUUCCAACAAAUAUUUACACUCUCACUGUCAAAAUAAAAUACCAGUUCAAGUAAAACAGUAAUUUAUUUAAAUUCAACAUUCCCAUAAUUCUAUUAUUGAAUGUUUUCUAAUUUGUUACCCAAGGUUUUUAAGUCGUCAUUAGUCGAAAUGUAAUAGCUGAUUACGAUGCUGUUAUACCCUAAUCUACGUGCUCCCUUAAGAUCCUUUUGGACCUAGAAAAAGGAGAGACAGAAAGCUUAAACCCAUUCCGAAUGUCAAUCCAUGUCCCAAAGGGUUGUACGAAACAUCGAAACAAGUAAUCGAGAAUCGAACAGCAAAGAACCAGCAUUGUUGACACAUUGUAGAAAAACUCCGUCAAGAAAAUAUUAACGACAAUCCUUUAGGUAUGCAGGACUUUGUUCCAUCUCUAGAGAUUUCAGAUAAACAGCUGUUUGCUUUUGGAGAAAAUAAUUAAUCUUUGUCCUCCAGCAUGGAUUUCCAUACAUGUUCUUUGCGAAUUGUAUUCCCAUGUUAUGGGUGCAUCAAUUACGAUUAAACCGAAUGACAACAUUAAAGUGAAAAUGGUAAUUGGAAAGUUUGCUUAAGGAAUGCAUUGCCAAGGCUGCCAAUAAAAUUUCUAGAAAGGUCAUGAUGAAUUUUGAUAAGGAAAUAACU